AUGGAGGGUGGUGCUGUUAUAGCUGCUGCUUAUGAGAGAGCAACAGAAUGGGAAUGCCGCAACUUGGCAGUUUGCCAAGCUUUUGGCCCCAAAGCCCUAAGUCAAAUCUGCGCCAUCCUCCUUGUUGUUAUUGUCGCUCGCAUUACUUUUAUAGUCAGUUUCGUCAAAUUGCUGUUGCGUUUGCUAGUUAUUGUUGGGGAUGUUGUUGUUUUUGCUGCUCCUAUUACUACUACUACUACCACUACUACUACUACUACUACUACUGCCACCGAUGCUGGUCCUGGUGCUGUUGUUAUCGAUGGUCGAUCAAAAUUGUCAAACGCUGAUGAUUAG